UGAGGGUCCUAUAUCUUAAAGCCGGUGCGGAAGUAACAACGGAGUCAGCAUAGUGCUCACUGGAAGGUCAGGUUUUACGCAAAUAUUAUUUUAUACAGUUAAGUCUGUAUUACGGGCAUGUUUGAUCUUGUAUUUGAGUUGUAACCUUGGGUGUGUUGCGCGCUUGAGACAUUUCCUGGUGUUGAAAGGGAAACCCCUUGCGCAACUCCAAAUAGCUUGUUUAUUUUUAACACUUGGCGAGUUCAGCUUAUUGCAUCAUGGCCGGGUCUAAAUGCGUACGACUCAAUGUCGAGCUGACGAACAAACUGCUGGAAUCCGUGGACAGCAUCUUGUUUGAUUGCGACGGGGUCAUCUGGAGGGGGGACCAGGCUAUCCCCGGUGCGCCUCAAGUCAUCAAGCUGCUCAAGGAACACGGGAAGAAAGUCUUUUUCGUGACUAACAACAGCACCAAGACGAGGAAGUUGUACGUAGAUAAAAUGUCCACACUGGGCUUCAACGCAAAUGAGGAAGAGGUCUUUGGAACCGCUUACUGUUCCGCCAUGUACCUGAAGACUGUGUGCAAGCUGCAGGGCAAAGUGUACCUGAUCGGCAGCAACGCCAUGAAGCAGGAGCUGGAGGCUGUCGGCAUCCAGCAGAUCGGACUUGGACCGGACCACAUCUUUGGCAAGCAGACCGACUGGGCCAAUGUGCCUCUGGAGCCUGACGUCAAGGCAGUGCUGGUUGGGUUUGAUGAGGAUUUCAGCUACAUGAAGGUGAACAGAGCCAUGCAGUACCUCACCCGGACGGACUGUUUGUUUGUGGGGACCAACAGAGACACCAGGCUGCCUCUGGAGGGGGGCACGGCUGUCCCAGGUACGGGCUGCCUACUGCAGGCGGUGGAGAUGGCAGCCCAGCGCCAGGCCACGACGGUGGGCAAACCCAACCACUUCAUGUUCGAUUGCGUGGCCUCCAAGUUCGGCUUGGAGCCCGGCCGCUGCCUGAUGGUGGGCGACCGCCUCGACACAGACAUCAUGCUGGGUUCCAACUGCGGCCUCAAGACGCUCCUCACCCUCACCGGGGUCAGCACGGUGGCCGAAGCCGAGGCCAACCAGAAGAGCGGCUGCUCGGAGAAGCAUAAGAUGGUGCCGGAUUAUUACGUGGAGAGUAUUGCCGACCUGCUCCCGGCCCUGCAGGGCUGAGACUCUAAAGACUUUUGCGGGCACCAUCGUCUUCCACUUGUCUAUCUUAUAUUAAUAAUUUAUCAUCUUUAUGAUAAGGUAACAACUAAGCAGUAUCUGCUGUGGUCUAACAAAAGACACAACUACUCUAGACUAGAUUUGCCACUAUAAUAUAAUAAUAAUAUAAUAUAAUAUAAUAAAAGCUAGAUUUGAUCCUGAGGUGUCCAUUUAAAGGUGCUAUUUGAACCAUUGAAAAGCAAGCAAAACAAUCAGAUGCUAAUGCUAACUUUUAAAAGACACUAAAAUGUGUUCUCUCGUGUAUAUCAAAUAUGUUCUCUUAAUUCUUACAUAAUUACAAUAUUUUUUCUUAGCAUUCUUUUACCCAAAUGUAUUUUAAAAUGUUUAAAUAUUUUAAAGAGUAUUGUUGAAAGUUGAACAAAAAAAAAAACGGGAUGCCAAACCCGACCUAGCUUGUUUUCAAAAGUGACAAAUUAUAUUUCAUAUAUAUUCUCAGUGUAACAAUGUCAAGAAUACUAUCAGGAACCACACAGUAUAUUCAUCGAAGAUAAAUAUAUAUAAUUUUGUUGCAUCUUGAUGAAAUCUAUGAUGAAAUAUUUUUGCUUUAGCACCUAACAUGCACUGCUGAUAAUGAUUAAAUAUAAACUUCCAUCA